UCACGUAAUUAAAAACCCAAAGUAAAAUGUAUACAGAAAUAAAUGUCGCUUUAUUCGGUAGAUGAGUUGACUUCUGUAGUAUAGACAGUUGUGCGCUUGCUGGAAAGGAAUGUAUACGUGCAGUCAUUCAUCAUCAGUCGUAUAACGAAAAACGAUGGCAGCGGUGGAAGUGGACAGGGCUCGGGUGGAAGCCAGUAUUCGCAAUUUAAAGCUGUCUGGUCAUGUAGGAUUUGACAGUUUACCAGAUCAAUUAGUCAAUAAAUCUGUUCAAAAUGGAUUUGUUUUUAACAUCCUGUGUAUCGGUGAAACAGGGCUUGGUAAAUCCACUUUGAUGGACUCUCUAUUUAACACAAGUUUUGAAUCUACUCCAAGCCCUCAUAAUUUACCAACUGUGAAAUUGAAGGCACAUACAUAUGAGCUUCAAGAAAGUAAUGUCAGAUUGAAGUUGACAAUUUGCGACACAGUGGGGUAUGGUGAUCAAAUCAACAAAGAAGAUAGUUUCAAAGCUGUUGUUGAUUACAUUGAUGCUCAGUUUGAAGCUUACUUACAAGAAGAAUUGAAGAUUAAACGCUCUCUUUCCGCUUACCAUGACAGUAGAACACACGUGUGUUUAUAUUUUAUUUGUCCUACUGGCCAUGGUUUGAAGUCAAUUGAUUUGGUGUGCAUGAAGAAGUUGGAUACCAAAGUAAAUAUUAUUCCUAUAAUAGCCAAAGCAGACACAAUUUCCAAAACAGAAUUGCAAAAGUUUAAGUCCAAAAUCAAUUCUGAACUUGCUAGUAAUGGAGUUCAUGUCUAUCAAUUUCCUACUGAUGAUGAGUCAGUUGCCGAAGUAAAUACUUCAAUGAAUACCCAUGUACCAUUUGCAGUUGUUGGAAGCACCGAUUUUGUUCGUGUUGGUAAUAAAAUGAUGCGUUCACGACAAUAUCCUUGGGGAACUGUACAAGUUGAAAAUGAAUCUCAUUGCGACUUCGUUAAGUUGCGUGAAAUGUUAAUUCGAACUAACAUGGAAGACAUGAGGGAGAAAACACACAAUCGUCACUAUGAAUUGUACCGUAAAAAGCGCCUAGAACAGAUGGGAUUUACCGAUGUUGAUUCAGACAACAAACCUGUAAGCUUCCAGCAGACGUUUGAAGCCAAACGGAGCAAUCACUUACAAGAAUUGCAACAAAAGGAAGAUGAAAUGCGGCAGAUGUUUGUUGUGAAAGUAAAAGAAAAAGAAGCGGAAUUGAAGGAAGCAGAGAAGGAUCUCCACAACAAGUUCGACAAGCUAAAGAAAGAACAUGGGGAAGAGAAGCGGCGUCUGGAAGAUUCCAGAAAGAAGCUUGAAGAUGAGAUUAUAGAGUUUAACCGUAGGAAACAACAAUUUCAGCAACAACACAUGUCUUCCAGUCAUCAUACUCUUACCCUUGGAAAGAGCAAAAAGAAGUAAUUUUUACAUGCAAACUGGAAUGCCAAAUGUUUGAUCUAAAGAAAUAUUUGUCAGCAAAUUUUUAUCCAUUGAGUUUUUUUAUCAUCACACUAUUUUGGUUAAUGUGUUUAUUGCUAUAAUAUUGAUAUUGGUUUUAAAUGUAAUCAUUAUUUCCAAAAAUUAUAUUUUUUCUGGUCUUUAGAAGAUUGUGAUUUAAUGGUUUUUCAAACAACCUAAAAUUUUAUCCAACUAAAACUUAAUAGCGAUUUCCUUUUGGUGGUGUACAUUGCGUUUUGUUUAAUCGGGGAAAAAAAAGGAAAAAAAAAAAUCCUGCAAGUAUCUUCAUAAUAUAUUUUGUUCUAUGAAUAUAAAUUCUGCAUAUCUGAACCCUGAAGUUCAGUUGAUUUCAGUAAAAAUAUUCAUUGGUAUUUAACAUUUCAGGGAUUUAAAAAUGCUUACCUAUCAUACAAAGACACCAAGGAAUCUGGUGUUACAUCUGGCAGAAGUUAUGGGGAAGUUGACUGAAAAUUAUAUAAUUGCUGGUUUAUUUUUGCAUGAAGUGGUAUUGUGUGAAUCAUUGGUGAUGUCUGAGAAAAGAACUAGUCAAAAUAGCAUGAUUCAAUGAAAGAAUUAUUUUGAGAAUAAUUCCAUGCUUUCCAACUUUUUUUCAUAAAGUUCAAAACAUUUAAACACAUUAACCAUUAUAUAAGAAUCUAAUUUUCAUGUGGAAUAUUGAAAAAACAAAGUGUAUUUUCUGUACCAAAGAAGAGAGAUUUGUUUUCAUGAUCUUAAUUUAUAUUUUUAUUGCGAGCCAAUUUGAGCAGUUUAAAUUACUAUCUUGUGCCAUCUCACAUGUCCAAAUCAACUGAUCCAUUCCAAUUAUGCAAUAUUUUCCAGAAGGCAUUUGCUAUACUCAUAGUAAAAUUGGAAACAGGCAAACCUUUGCAUUAAAAUCUGAUUAAUUUUGUCAAAUUUCAUUUUCUAACAAGAAUUUAUUGCCAACAAUGUCGCCUAAUAAACUAAUUUAGACUUAGGAAAGUAAAUAAUUUGUUGGUUUACUUUCAUAGCAAAUGUCACAACUUUAUGUACCACUGCCAUCAAACAUUAGGGUUUUCAGAAUGAAGUAUUUAGUAAUUUAAGGUCAACACUAUUACAUUGUUCUUUAUAUUCAUGUUGUGUAUGCUUUGCUGUGUUGGCGAAUUCGAUAUUGCCUUUUUUGUUACCUUGCUGCACUUUUCCUAGAGUAUCUAUUAUUUUAUAUUGCAUUUAUUUUGUAUUAGAAUUUAUUAAUAGUGAAUAUCAGUGGUAAAACAUGAUAUAGCAGGCACAUACUUUAAAUGUAUUUUAUAUUUAUGGCGAAAGUUUACCAUAUGUGAAAUUAUGAAAAGAAUUCAAACUUUUAUAGGUGCUAGUGUAGUUUGAUUUAUCAUCCUUUAGCAUGUUCUGUUAAAAAAAGAAGUUAGUGGGCCUUAUUUUUUCUGUAAAUGUUUGUUAAUGUAAAUUUUGGACUGGAAAGAUUGUAAUAUCUUGUGAGAAAGUCAAUCUUUACUUUUUCAGUAUUCAUUAUGCAUUUGUAUUUUUAUUAUACUUUCACUUCAGUAUAUUCAAUAUUUAAUAAAGAAAUUUUGAAAUUAUACUUUCUUUUUAAACUUUUUUUUGAGUCUCCCUGAAAAACGUUCAUGGUCACAAUUGAGAAAUGUAUCACUAAAUGUAAGGUCUAGGUUACAUUACUUGAGAAAUAAAUAAUUCAUAUCACACGUGCAAAGCAAGAUAUUUUCUAGAGCAAGUAUUGUUUAUAUUGGAACUGCAAAUACAAAGAUAUCAACCUUCUGAAAUUAAUUUACUCCUGUUAUUUGCCAAAGAGAAAUUUAAGUAAGGAUUCAACAUUUGAGGAAAAAUGUUCAAUGCCUGUUUUGAUAUGUUCCAAUAAGUAUGAAAUAAACAUAUUCAAGAGAAACAUUAUUUUAAGAAAGUGGUUACAAUUUUUUGAGUGAUGAAGUAUGUAGUAAUUUGAAAAAUACUUAUCAAAGGUUUGUUACUAGAUAGUUUCAAAACAGUACACUUCUCAUCUCCCUGAAUGUAUUGUAGAAAAAAAACCUGCAUUGUUUCUGUGGGGAGAAAAAAUUGUUUUUGAAAUCUUGGAUUUAUUUUGUAGUGAGCGAUUCUUAUUUUAAGCUUCAUAUACAUGUUUCUUAGGGAAACAUACUACUAUUCACUGACAUAAGCAAUGCACAGGAUAAAAAUUAACACAUAGCCUUCAAUUCAGUUCAUUUGUUAAUUUGUACAAUUAUUGUCAAAAACAAUCACAGCCAAACAAAUAUAUUGAAUUAAAUGAAUAAAACACUGGCAGAAUCAAUUUAACGCUUACUGGCUUAAGUUUCUCUUGGCAACACAGAGAUCCAAUACCUACACAAUCUAUGGCAGAAGAAAUGAAACAAAUAUACUACCAGGGAUUCCAACAAACACAAUGCAUUUAUUUCUGGAAAUUGGGACCUAUUGUGACCAAAAAUUGAUUUCUGAAAUUAUUGAUUCAAUUUAUUGAUGUUUGUAUAAUAAUAUUUUCAGAAAUGAAAGUAGUCCUAAUGUUUACUGUGAACUAAUUGGUUCUGUGUGAUUAUUGCACUGAAUAUCAAAAGUUAAUUUCAAGACUGAGUUUAUCUUAAUGAUGACCACCUUUCUUAUGCAAUGGGGAUACUUGCUAACCCUACAAAAAUGUCUUUUUGGUGAAUAAACAUAAUUCCUGUCCAAAAUCUGAAAAAAAAAGAAAAAUGUGUCAUUUCCUUUUAGGCAUAAUGGUGUCAUAUGGUACAGGUUAUGUGCCUGAUAUUUGCGUAACAUAAUUAGCCAUGUCAGUUUUUCAUAUUGAAUUGCUUCUUAACAUCACUAUAUAUCAAGACAAAAAUGUAUGUUAUAGAAGAACAUUAAAAUCUACAUUAUCUCACAAAAUUUAAAUAUGUAAGCCUACUAUUUAUAAUGUUUUUAUUACAAUUUGCU